CUUGGCCUCACUUUUUGAACUUGAGUUCUCACUCCAGAAGUUAUAUAGAGCUCACUGGACGCCGACAAAAUUGCAUCACACAAUCACAAUGCAUUCCCUGGAGUUCAAUCAGACGCUGCGCAAACACGAAUGAUACCCUACACCACACUCUAAAUUAAACAGUCAUGGACAAUUCAUCGCAAGACAUAAAGAAACUGGAAUUGAAUAAACUUAAAUGGAGCACAGCCUAUUUCACCGUCUCUGAAUUCUUAAGAAAAUUCAAAUUACCGCAGAUUGCUAAAGUUACUGCUGGUUUCUAUGGCGAAAACGAUGAAUCGACUCUAGGAGGAGAUCAAGUAUUAUGUUUGCAUUCUGUGAAAUCCAUGGAGAAGCUACACGGUCGAGAUAGCAGCGGUAACAAUAUUUCAAUCUCGCUUGAGUGUCGGAAAAAGAUCGAAGUGCGUCCACCGAAUUUGAAAGAUGUUUAUGAAAGCGUUGAGGAAUUAUGUUCGGCAUUCCCAAGUUAUGUCCGUAUUUCGCAAGGUGAAUUAAUUAUAAUUAUACUGUAGGCUUAAUUUAGUACAAGGAAGUGACAAGAAACCACCUUAAAUUUUACACUUUUAUAAUUAUAAAGAACUACAGUUAUUAAGAACCUCAACAAGCUGGACAAAAGUGCAACAAGGGCGUCUAUUGAGCUCAAGUGAAUGAGCAGAAAUUAACAAUUAAAAUUCCACGGAAGUUUUAGACGCUCUGUUUACAAAUAUGGCAAAAUACAGAUUAUCACGUCUUGUAUACAACGCUUUAUACAUUUCAAGCCGGGGCAACGUUUCUCAAUCAUAAACCCUAUGUUAAUCUUGAUCCAUAAACUGUCAUUAUUUUCAUACGAUGGACAACAGACAACAAGUUUUAUUCUGGUAAUAAUUUGAUUCAGUGAGUUUGUUUCCCGUCGCGUUCCCGUCCUGCAUUCCAAGAACGCAUGUAAGACGGCGACGUCAGGACGACGGCAAAAGAAACUGUUUGAAAUAAAUGAUUGUAUGGAAAUCGUGUCUUGUAUUUAUUUAUUUACGUAUGAAUUUAAUACAGUUUCGAACGACGAGUAAAACAGAGCUUUACCUUCAGAGCAAUCUUGACUCUGCAGACAAACUACUCCACAGACUCAUGCAGUGCUAGAGUAAGACAAACUUCCUGUCACGGCUUGAAAUGGUAGCGUACGUAUACGAGACGUCCAUCGAAAGUAUUGGUGAUAUAACUGAUACUCCAUACUUGUUUCAUAAUUUUCCGUCUAUAUUUUUUGCAUUUCCUUACUAAUAUAUUCCGUGAUGUGAUUUACAUUUUUGUUCACUCUUUUUUUAAUGUAAUGUAAUGUAAUGUAACGUGAUCGCUUUUAUAUUGAUAUAAAGGUUAUUAUGAUGCAUCCAAAGACGAGGAAAUCCUCAAUGUUGGUGAUAAAUUGCAGUUGAAAAGUAUUGCUAAAACCAAGAAAGGUGAAAAAACGUUGAUAUGUGUCAAUCAGAAUGGUCAUACUGUUGAACUGCCUAAAGAUUGUGUGGCUGGCUUCCAACCUAUGGCUGAUGGAAAAGAGUAUUACCUAGCCGAGGUUCUUAAAAAAUUCUCACUGCCGCUUUACGUGCGAUUCGUUGAACCUUAUACAAUGGAUCAACGAACCCGAUCGAAAGAUAAACCCCUCUAUCAACCCCCCGGUACUAUUUGUCUGGAUAGGACAUCUACUAGGACAGUUAUUACGGCAACAGCAAUGCGAAAUAAUGGCGAACAAAGUAUGGUGCAAUUCUCCCCUGAUAUAGAUAUCUGUCUUCUUGUGUGUGAAGAUGCGUUCAGAGAAAGCGCAGAUUAUGUCAACAUUUGUCACAGUUUUAACCAGGAUGUUGAUAAUCAAAAUAUCUAUACAGCCAUUUCCGAAUAUAUCGAUAUGACCCAAAAUUUGAGAGAGUUUUCACUCAAUGUGGCAAGUAAAUCCGGUUCAAAAAAUAUAAAGAAAGGAGUUCCACCUUUAAAAAAAACAAGCAAGCCAAAGCCAGCUAAGGUAAUCCCACCACGCCCACGGUUAGGCUCGUCAAAGGCUAAGUCAAAUCGAGCAAAGGCAAUACCAUCUAAACCAGUCCUACCUAAGGACGAAAUAGAACAGACAUAUACUGACCCAAAUGAAAUUUAUGAAGAGAUUGGAUUUACUGAACCGACGUAUACAGAAUGCAGAUUUCUGGACAACUCUACAUACACUGAGCUUGACCCACCAAACAUCCCUACAAACAGUCAUGAAUAUGCAAAACCUGAUGUCAAACACCCUGCUGAAUCAAAUCCAAUAACUCCUGCAAUUUUGAGUAGUAAAUCAACACCCACCUCAGGAAAUAAACAACCUGCAAAAUCGAACCCACCUUCACACUUGGGCAGUCAGUUGUCUGCAACCUCAGAUAGUAACCAAUCUGUAGAAUCGGGAAGCAAUUCCAUUCUCUGCAAUCGUCGGCCUCCUCCAGUGCCUGAUAGGCUGCCUUCAAGGCGCAACAGAUCUGUUAUACUCACCAACCCGCACUUGCCUAACAACGCAGUUGCAUUGCCUAUCAGGGCUCUUCCCGACAACCCGCCUCAAUUGCCUAGCAGAUUUAAAGUGCCUGACAGAAAGACUGACGUGUCCACAGUACACGAGAGAAAGACUGCACCUACUGACAGCCAUGAGUCUCCCACUAUGGUAACCAACACCAACCCUGCAUUACCAACCAGCCUGCCAGGCCAACCCCCUUCACUCCCUACCAACAUAAUGCCGGUACCCACACCCGAACAAAAAGAAGAAAUUUACGAAGCAAUUUCCAAAUAUCCAAUAGAUUUAUCAAGUUUGAGCAUUACUGAUGUGAGCGCGUUAUUGAAUUACUUAGGAAUGGGAAAGUAUGUUGAAACAUUUGAAGCAGAAUUGAUAGACGGUGCCAUGUUGGCCAGCAUGGACAAAGAGAGUUUGGAAUCACUGAAUUUAAUUCCAUUCCAUGUUACAAAAUUAAUUAAGUUUAUUGGAGGUUGGCGACCCAAUUCCAAAAUAAGAUCAAAAACACCAUGCUGAAGUAUUCAAAUAUUAACUUUAGAAUAUUACAAUACAAUAAAACAGACUAUAAUAAAGAACGCAUUAUUUCGGUUGAACAUACUGUGCCUUAUGCAUAAAUUUUUAAUAAAAUUAACAGUGUUUAUGUAAUAUUUCAAAUCCUCCAAACUGGACUAGAUUUCAAGUCAGCGCAAUUCGAUCAAAAUGCGAGGACUUGAAAUCUAGUCCAGUCUGAAUUGGAUGAUUUGAAAUGACAUCUCUUACGAAUUAAUAAUUAAUUAAAGUGAGGUGAAUUAAUUUUGAUCCAGUCCUAGGACUGAAUUAAUUUUGAUCCAGUCCUAGCACUGGAUCAAUAAACUCCACCAGGUGUCCAGUAUUAUCAUGUGAGCAAAAUAAAGCAAUAUGGUUGGCUAAUUUUACUCAUGAAUUAUUAAUGAGCUUGAAAUUGUAUCUUUCACAAAUAAAAAUCGUGUGAUCAGCUCAUAGAUAUCUUAUAUACACUAGAUAGUGCAUCUAAUUAUUCUGCAAUUCAAAAAUUGAAGCCGUGAUUGCAGUCUCAGGUCGUUCCCAUAAAAUGAGAAGAUUUGUAUAUUUCCUAUUUCUUAAACACGGAACUUAAACAAGAAGUUAACCCUAUUCCAAAUACGUUUUUAAACUAUUCAAAUGAUGAAAGGUAUUGUUGUUUUUAAGCGUUUAUUAGCAAGUGGGAACGACCAACAUGGCCGCCAUCUAUUCAAAUGGGGGUAACCACUGGAAUAUUCUUGGCUUCAAUUUUACUAAAAGAGAUGCUCUAUCUAGUGCAUAUAAGAUAUCUAUGGAUCAGCUAAACAACCGGAGUCUGUACCUCAGUUGGUUAGAGCGCUGCACCAGAAUCGCAGGGUACCAGGAUGCU